GUUUUAAUCACAAUGACGCCGAUAUUCAAAAGCAGUGAAUUCGUACCAACUGUACCGGAUUUUGUCCAUAUACCAUUUUUUCUAAUAAAAUGUUUGGGUGUAAAACUUUUCAAAUGGACACCGGAUGAGCCAAUAACUAAACUACAAAUAACACUACUGGCAUUAUUCACGGUUUUUUCGAUCUUCAAUUUUACAAGCAUGUUGCUCUACGUCGUUUACGAAGAUUUGGAGACCUUACUGGAUAUCACUGAGUUUGUUUUAUUUUGGGGAUUCGCGCUGAAUGCUUUGAUGAAGGGCAUUUCGAUGGUCUGUUUUCGACGCGAAAUCGAGUCUAUACUUAAGGGCUUAAUUGCCAAACAUCCAAAAACGGCGGAAGAGCGUGCGACUUACCAAUUGGUGCCAUACUUCAGAACAAUUAAUAUAUCCAAUAAAUAUUUGUCAAUAUGGCACUUAAGUAUAACAUCAAUAUUUGUUGUUCAUCCAUUAAUAGCAUCGAUACAUGGUUAUGUAAGCCGUGAGGAUAAAAAUAAAAGUUUUGACUUCACUUUACCCUUCAUGAUGACCUAUUUCUAUGAUAUAAAUCAACCGUUAGCGUAUGCGGUUUCAUAUUUCCUACAAUGCUGUGGGGCAUUCCAUGUGUCACUAUUAUUUUUGAGUGGCGAUUUAUUGCUCAUCUCCAUGGUACAACUAGUUAAUAUGCAUUUCGGAUAUUUGAUCUAUAAAAUAGAGAGUUUUCAACCAACCGGUACGGAUGCUGACAUGAAAGUGCUCGGACCUUUGAUGGUAUAUCACAAUGAGAUGUUGAAUUAUGCUGAGCGAAUCGAUAACACUUUCGGCUUGGCCACACUUCUCAACUAUGUCGGCUCAUGUUUGGUACUUUGCCUUAUUUGUCUUCAAAUAGCGAUGGGCUCGGAGGCUGUGAUCGUCAUUAAGUUUAUCGGUUUUCUUGUUUCAACUAUAGUGCAGGUCUUUUUCGUCUCCUAUUUCGGCAAUAAUCUUAAAGAUUUGAGUACUGGUAUAAGUGAUGCGUUCUACAAUCAUCCCUGGUACGAUGCCAAUUACAAGUAUAUGCGAAUGCUCGUUCUACCCAUAGCACGUGCUCAGCGUUAUGCGCGCUUAACGGCUUUUAAAUUCUUCGAGAUAUCAAUGGAUAGUUUUAAGUCGCUCUGUACCACAUCAUACCAAUUUUAUACAUUAUUGCGGACAAGCAUUGAGGAAGAGGAUGUUUAAAUUAAACGAAGGUUGGCGGAAGUUUUUAUUGGUAAUCUCAAAUAUACUUCAUAAAUAAUAAUUUAACAGGCAAACCUAGAUGGUGUGCAUAAAUGGUAACAAAUAUUAAACAUGAGAAACAUUUGUUUUCUUAGGUUUAAAAUAGCUGCAUACAUUCUGCUUUACUUUUCAAAGGAUUGACUUCACUUUGCUUGGACAAAUUCAAUGGAAUGGAUCAAAAUAGUGAAGCAUCUGCGUCUAUUUUUGUCUAUAAUUUCGGUGACAUCGAUUUUUAAAGUCAUUUACUCCGUCGUUCCAGAGUUUUUUUCGUAGCAAAACUCCAAUUUUUCGUUACUAAUUCUAUUAUAUCUUCUUAAAGCCCAGUUUAAGAUGAGCACCUAAUUUUACAAAGUUUAUUCUAUUUGGUUCAAAGCUUUAAUAUACUUUUAGCGCGUAAUUGCAACUCUUUAAGUCUAGUAUGUGUCCUUGCACAUGAAAAGUUACCAUUUCAUGUUAUUAUUGCUCAUAUUACUUCAUUGUAUAGAUUAGGGUGUCAACAGAAAUUAAAUUUUUAUAUCAGAAUAUUGCAUUGGUCACAGUCGUCGAGUGUACUAAGUUUCUUAGGAGAUUCUGUACAGUUUUCCUCAAUCGUUUCUUGUCUAGCCUCCAUGGAUAGAGGUUGUACUGUUUAGGAAAUCGGAGGUUUGACACCUUUGAAGAUUUCAUCGGCGCUGCCCUUAAAUCAUUUAAUGCACAUAUCUUCCAAACUGCUUAAAAUUACAGCAAUCAAACUGACUGAGAGGAAGUUAUUUUAUCUACUGUACAAAUCCAGUAUAUGUAAAGUUAUCAGAGUAAAAUUUUCCACUCAUGAUGCCCUCAAUGUGUAAAAACAGGUCAACAAUUCCCUUAGACCAAUAUACAUAUGUAUGUGCAUAAUAAAAAUAUUUUCGAACCUCCAGUUGUCUUUAUAACGCACCUAUGGUUCAAUGUGUAAGAAAUCUUAAUGUAAUGUAGAAAUAAACCCUUUCUAAUAACAGUGUAUCCUCUUUCUUUUAAUGAAUUAAUCACGGCGAAACUCUCCAGAGUUUGAUAUAAAGUUUUGCCAAACCCUGAAGGGGUUCUGAUAAAUACAGAUAACCUCUAAUACUUUAGAUUGACCGAAAACCGAGGAUGUGAGUUUCACAGAGUUGUAGUACAGAUUUCUAACCUCAACACGAUGGUUGUGGCACUUCGAUAGACAAAGUUAUUGACACAUACAUAAAAAGAUGUUCUAUAAAAUGUGCACCAAACUCCAUAGAAACGUCUCUGGCACUUUGUUUUCAACUUUGUACCAAAGUAUGAGAUUAGAUUCAAAAAUUUUUUCAAGUACCGCCCUAAUAUACAAACAUAUAAAUUCCUAUAUUUUUCACUCAUAUUUUAUGGCUUUGUAAUUAUUUCCGCUUUUUCAUACUUUAGUCAUUGUUCAUUGUCCGAGAGUACAUUACGUAAACCCUUCAGCUAUGUCGCAAAUCCCUUUUGUAUGACCAUAACGGUAUUUGCUGUAACCACACCGUCUAUUAUGUCUGCAUAAUUUGUACCUACAAUUAAAAAACUUUUUAUAUUUAUUUAGCGGCUAAAACAGCCUAGAGCACGAAGAGCCAACCGAGCGACCGCCAUUUGUCCACUAACUGCCACACGCUGCCACAUGCCGUAAUACGUUAAUAUCAGUGACCAUAAAAGCGAUGUUGUCAUCCAUCAAAAGCGACUGUGGGGUACUUUGGAUCGGUGUGUAUAUGUGUGGGUGCCAUGGUGCGAUAAUAAAGGGACAACGGCGCGCGUAAUGCUCAUAAAGACACCGAAUAAAGUAUUCUAAAGCACCACAACAACAACAAGAAUAACAAUCAAGAAAACAAAAUUCAGCAAGAUUAUGAUAUAAAGUGCGAGAUAUAAAAAUAAGCAACAACAAAAUUAUGGCUUAACUAUCUAUGUUCCCAAAAAUUCAUGUUUGUCUUGCCUUUUCUUGGACAUUUUUCGGCCAUACGCGUUAACAUAUCCAUUUUGCGGUCUUAUUGUUGCUGUUAUUAUUGCAUUUUGUUUUUGGUUUUUUGUUUUGCAUUAUUUCUCCAUAACUCCAAAAACAAAAACCAAGCGAAAGCGAAAAGUCCUGCGAAUUACAAAACCAACGAAAUAAUUGUAUGCGACAUUCUUUCGGUUUCACGCUUUGGGAAAUUAUGCAAAUUCUUUUUUAUGCUUGAAAUGUUGCCGCGUAUAAAGCGUAGCAGCUCAUACUCUCAUUUCGGUAAUAAACAUAGAGAAAAUUAAAGAAUAA